UCCUCGCGAGCACGGAUGGAAACGGUACCCGGGGUGCGGCGCGGUUCGCGGGGCGGAGGCUUCUCCUGCAGCCGAGUUCGGCUGCAGCCGGCACAGCCGCGUCUAGGAGGCAGCCUGGGCUGGUUGGCACCUUCCUGGGAACCCAAGGGUCAUGCUGAGGCAGCCGGGCGCCUGACAAGCGAGGGGAACCUGCCAAGGGAUUACUGCUAGCAGGAGCUGACGGCAAGACGGCAGGACGGCUGGCCCCUGGGGAGCGGGGAUGGGCAGAGCAGCCUCUGAGUUCGGGCCAGCAGCACCAGGAAGGAGGCCUGGGCUCUGGCUGGGAGCCUGGCACACGCUCUGCUGACCCAGAUGACCCAGACUGCGUUCAUAGCAGCACGCCGCUGAGCAGCAGCUGUGCCCAGGCCCCAGGACUCCAUUGCUGCAGGAGCUCUGCACCCCCUUAGGACACUGCAGUGGGGCUGGGACCGUCGGGAGAAGGGACCUGGACCUCGAUGGGAAGUGGAAGGACAGAACCUGACGCAAGGAGGAUCUUGGUCUCUGCAGCAGGGUUUUGUGACACCCACAGAGCGUCCUGGUUUCUUCCCUCAGGGUUGGGGCCCGGGUCCCCUCCCCUGGCAGAGGGGUUGGGGCCGGAGGACCAUCUGAGGGGUGGCUGCCUCUUGCAUGGAAUCAAGGCUGCUUGAAGCCCACAUGUCCUCUGUUGCGAUUGGGGUUCAAGGGCUUCCCUGCUGCAGGGGGCGAGGGGCUGCCUCGGUGUCUGCUCAUGAACCACAAGGACCUCGACUACUCCAGACUGGAUCAUUUCAAGCCGCCAAAGAGGGGGACCCCCAGCGCUGGCAGCCAGCAAGCCCGAUGGACUAGAAGGCUGGAAUGGACUGACCUCCCCCUUGCCAGGGCAGCGGGAGAGGCAGAGCAUCUGUGGCCCAGCUAGUGACAGAGGGACCCAAUGAAGCCAUAAGCAGGGGCCCAAGUGGCUCAGGGACAGGGGAGCCACUCUUGCCCACGUGCUUUCUCCUGACCUUGAGAUCGGGCGUGGCCUGGGACGCCUGCUGCCAUCUGCUCUGCAGCACACGCCCUUAUGCCCUAGAACAGGCAGGCCUGCCAGUGGCUGGGAAAGGAGUGGCCGCAGGGACACCGGCCGCCCUCCGGGCUGGUGGUCCAGCCUCCCGGGGCCUCGCACCAUGAAGUGCUCCCUGCGGGUGUGGUUCCUCUCCGUGGCCUUCCUGCUGGUGUUCAUCAUGUCACUGCUCUUCACCUACUCUCACCACAGCAUGGCCACCCUGCCCUACCUGGACUCGGGGGCCCUGGGGGGCACCCACCGGGUGAAGCUGGUGCCUGGCUAUGCCGGCCUGCAGCGCCUCAGCAAGGAGGGGCUCGCUGGCAAGAACUGUGCCUGCCGCCGCUGCAUGGGCGACGCCGGGACCUCCGACUGGUUUGACAGCCACUUCGACAGCAACAUUUCCCCUGUCUGGACCCGAGAGAACAUGGAUCUGCCGCCUGAUGUCCAGAAGUGGUGGAUGAUGUUGCAGCCCCAGUUCAAGUCACACAAUACCAAUGAGGUGCUGGAGAAGCUGUUCCAGAUAGUACCAGGCGAGAACCCCUACCGUUUCCGGGACCCCCAGCAGUGCCGGCGCUGUGCUGUGGUGGGGAACUCCGGCAACCUGCGGGGCUCUGGCUAUGGGCCAGAUGUGGACAGGCACAACUUCAUCAUGAGAAUGAAUCAGGCACCAACUGUGGGCUUUGAGCAGGAUGUUGGCAGCCGAACCACCCACCAUUUCAUGUACCCUGAGAGUGCCAAGAACCUGCCCGCCAACGUCAGCUUUGUGUUGGUGCCCUUCAAGGCCCUGGACCUGCUGUGGAUCGCGAGCGCCCUGUCCACGGGACAGAUCCGAUUUACCUAUGCGCCAGUAAAGUCCUUCCUUCGAGUAGACAAAGAAAAGGUCCAGAUCUACAACCCAGCCUUCUUCAAGUACAUCCAUGACAGGUGGACAGAGCAUCAUGGGCGGUACCCUUCCACAGGGAUGCUGGUGCUCUUCUUUGCCCUGCACGUGUGUGAUGAGGUGAACGUGUACGGGUUCGGGGCUGACAGCCGGGGCAACUGGCACCACUACUGGGAGAAUAACCGGUACGCGGGCGAGUUCCGGAAGACCGGCGUGCACGACGCCGAUUUCGAGGCCCACAUCAUCGACAUGCUGGCCAAGGCCAGCAAGAUCGAAGUCUACCGAGGCAACUGAGAAAGGUCUGGCCGCGACUCUUCCCGCCCGCCGCCCAGCGCCUGUGCGCGCUCCGGGUCGGGACCCUAGACC